AUGCAUAGGGUGAGAUUAAUGCAGAUUAAUUUAGGCAAAAAUUUGAUAGUGUUUCAGAUUAAAAAGGCUGAAAAACGUGUUGAAUGAGUAUUUCAUGCAAAUAUGAAUUAUUCCUUAUUCUUUAUAUUUGGUUUCAUAAAAAAUAUAUUGUAAUGCAACUUUUAAAUUCACCUCUAAGCCAAAAGAAGAUAUAAAAUAUGUACAAAUGAGGUCCUAAACAAAUUUUUUUUUCCUAUAAAAAAAACUAGAAAAAUGGACAAAUGAUAAAAGACUAGAAAAUUGGACAAAUGAGGGGGGGGGAUCUUUAUAUUUAUUUAUUUAAAAGAGAAUUGUUAUGACGUAAAUUUUCAUUAUUAAAACAAAUUAGCUUCAAAUCAAUUGAAAUUUUGUUUCCUAUUUCUGUAACUGCUAGUUAA